AUGUUUUCGGGUGUAGUGGAUAAAUUGAACGAAGGCUGGAUCUUCACACUCUUAUCAACCUGCCUUUGCGUUCUUGGGUGCUUUAUCAUCUACAUAGAUGAUUUAUACUCACUAUUACUUCCUAAAUACAUAACGAAGAGGUACAAGUUUGAAUUACGUGAGAACUAUGCCUUUAUGAAUGCUUCGCUCCUGUUUAGUUCGGGUUGCUUGAUCUUCACUGCCCUUUACAGAUUGCUUCCUGAAGGGAAGUCGUACAUGAAUAAGGCAUGCAGCGAUGGUGAUGAAACUAAGAAGUGUUCUAAUGCCCAGAGCUUGUUAACUUACUUAUUUGUCUCUUAUACGGGAGGCAUGAUUGUUUGCUUGUCGUUGAACGCUGUGUUGCAUUUGAUCACCAGUAAAUCGGUCGUUCACUGUAAGCAUAGUGGAGAUGAGGAGAAUCAUGGGUAUGAAGUUGAAACAUCAAAUCAUCAUUCGCACAGCCACCGGGGCACCCGUGGUGAUCACGAUUCGACGGCAGCAAACGGACAGGCGCAUAUCCAUGCACACACUCACAGCAAUGAGAACCAUGCUGAAGGUGAAGACUCCCCAUUAAUACCAAAGAUCAGAAGAACUAAGUCGCUCCUUCACUACAUUACAAACUCAGAUGACGUUGGGGAAUGCAAGGGCUAUGCAUCGGCCGAUGUGUAUCUUUUCCAUAGUGGAACCCAUGAUGAAGAGAACAACGCCACAGCACUAAUCCAAUGCCCUAUAGACCUUGAACAUUCUACCAUGAAGUCUAUUUCCGAUAGACACAUUCUCUCAGAACAUCAUAACCGCCACCAUGGUGCUGCUGCUGAUACUGCUGAUGCUGCUGACUCCGAUGAAACAAUAUUGGACCAUACUGAGCAUUCAAACGCCCAUCAUCAUCACGUUUCUACGCCAUUGUCACAUCUUUUACUUAUUGGUAUACAGACUACAUUGGCGAUAACGUUGCAUAAAUUACCCGAGGGGUUCAUUACGUAUGUUACAUCAGAAACAAAUAAGAAAUUGGGGUUUCUGAUAUUCAUAAGUUUAAUGUUGCACAAUUUCACUGAAGGGUUCCUGAUGUGCUUACCGCUAUACUAUCUGAUGUCUGCCUCACCUUCUCCCAAAUAUGCGAAGCUUAAGGCAUUUUCCAUCAGUGCAAUUUUGGGUGGCAUUUCGCAGCCGUUAGGUGCUUUAUGUGGGGUAGGGUUCUUGAAAUAUAAUAGGAAGGAAGAUAUUGACCUCGACCAGCUUAAUUUUGUAUUUGGCGUAACUAUGGCUAUUACAAGUGGAUUUUUGACGGUGGUAGGAUUACAAAUGUUCAGUUCCGCCAUUCUGUUUAAUAGAGGGUCGCUGAAUUUUGUCUUGCUCUGGUGCUUGACUGGGAUAAGCUUAAUUGGAUUUUCCAGCGUAUUAACUGCGAAAAUAAACUAG